AUGACUGCCGUCACUCCCUCCACGUCGCCCAUGAAGGGCAAGCCCGAUUUCUCGCUACCAAUGCCACCCCCUCUACUUCAUACUCGUUCUGGUAACGAAAUCUACGAUACUGGGCCCCAUACGCCCACCAGUGCAGGCUUCACGUCUCCAUAUGCAACACCACAGGGCAGCCCAAGCAAGAGUCGGCUACCUCCAGGAGCUACUGAACUACCCAAUGCUUUCGAUAGUGCGAUGAAACUUGGCCCUACCAGCCCAAUCAAAGCUAGACAGCAACUUGCACCAAAUUCGCCAAAUAAAGCUGGAAGACAAGCGUUUGACGAGAGUCUGGCGGACAUUAGCUAUGGUCCAGAAUCGAGCUUUGCCCCAGGGAGUCCAUUGAAGAAGUCAGGAAAAGAGAAUACGCCGCCAGGCUUCAGGUCACCUAAACCUGGCACACCAACUCCAGCAGCGAUAUCUCGGCAGGAACUUUACCAGAGCCGAGAUGACUCGCGAACAAGAUCUCAACCGGCCCGUGGCUUGACUUCAGAAGAGUUGGAGCGAUGCCAACAACCGAAAGUCAAGCGGCUCGCGAACGUCACCCAGCUAUAUUUCCUCGACUAUUACUUUGAUCUCUUGAAUUAUGUCCAUCACCGUCAGGGUAGACAAGCUAUGUUCCAUCAGCAAUAUCCUCUUCCACCAGGGACAAAUGAAGAAGAAUACCAGGUAGCGAAAAACAAAUAUUUAGGGCGAGAGCGAGCAAAUCUACGAAAGCGACGCACAAGACUAAAGCAUGGAGAUUUCCAAACUCUCACUCAAGUUGGUCAAGGUGGAUACGGGCAGGUCUAUCUAGCAGCAAAGAAAGACACCAGAGAAGUCUGUGCGUUAAAAGUCAUGAGCAAGAAAUUGCUAUUCAAGCUGGACGAAGUCAGACACAUCCUGACUGAGAGAGACAUAUUGACGGCCGCGAAGAGUGAAUGGCUGGUCAAGCUACUUUAUGCAUUUCAAGAUGAGAAAAGCAUCUAUCUGGCUAUGGAGUACGUUCCAGGGGGUGACUUUCGCACUUUGCUCAACAAUACCGGUGUUCUCCACAAUCGUCACGCCCGUUUCUACAUCGCAGAAAUGUUCUGCUGCAUAGACGCCCUCCACCAGCUCGGCUACAUCCACCGGGACCUCAAGCCAGAAAAUUUCCUCAUCGACGCAACCGGGCACGUGAAGCUGACAGACUUCGGCCUCGCAGCCGGCAUGCUCUCCCCCCAAAAGUUCGAAUCCAUGCGCGUCAAGCUCGAGAAAGUCGGCGAAAUGUCCGUCCCCUUCGGCAUGGAAAAACGUAGCGCGGCCGAGCGUCGCGAAGGGUACCGUCACCUUCGCGACCGCGAGGUCAAUUACGCGAAGUCUAUCGUGGGUUCGCCAGACUAUAUGGCCCCGGAGGUGCUUCGCGGUGAAAAAUACGACUUCACAGUCGACUAUUGGUCACUGGGCUGCAUGCUCUAUGAAGCUCUGGCAGGCUACCCACCAUUCGCCGGCAGCACAAUUGACGAAACCUGGACGAACCUCAAGAACUGGGGACAAGUUCUUCGCGAGCCCGAAUUUGAAGACCGCAACUACUUCCUCUCCCCGCGCACAUGGGAUCUGAUCAAGCGGUGCAUCUCAGCCAAGAAAUCCCGCUUCAAGAACAUUCAGGAGAUCUACAAGCACGUCUAUUUCGCCGAAGUGGACUGGCAGCAUCUAAGGGAACAGCGCGCACCCUUCGUGCCCGAGCUCGAGGGCGAGACCGACGCCGGCUACUUCGACGAUUUCAGCAACGAGGCGGAUAUGGCGAAGUAUAAGGAGGUUCAUGACAAGCAGGCUGCACUGGAGCAGAUGGCAGAUCGGGACGAUCAGAUGGGCAAGAGUCUGUUCGUGGGGUUUACUUUCAAACACCGCAACCAAAACACGCAGAAAGCAGCACCAGGCAGCCCACGCAAGAACGUUCCUACAGACGCCUCAUUUGGAACAAUCUUCUAA